CAUGAAGACUGACCAAAGAGCUCUACUGGGCCGAUAAUGGAAGCCACUAAUAGUGAUGAGAACAUACCAAGCCACUGAAUAUCGUGCUGACUGAAGACAAGGGAAUCAUAGAUUUGAUACCAUCACGGACUGACUACAAAGACCAUGGCAUUUGUUACCGAUCAACUUCCCGAUGAUAAGAAGAUGGUAAAAGCAAACCACUGUAAACCCGUCGCAAUUAUCGGCGGUACUAUCCUUAGUGUUAUUGUUAUUGUGAUAAUUAUCGUUGUAGUGAUUGUAGUGGAAACUGGAAAAGACGCCGAUGCCGAUACUGGGAACAACAACGACCACACGACCGCUGCCGCCGUCGCUGCAACUGAGAAUGUAGCAACUUCCUCUUUGUGUUCUUGUGAACAAGUGUGUGAGCCGUCUGUCAGUGGUUAUAGUUGUUCGUGUAAUGAUGGCUUUAUUCUGAACGAUAAUGGGAUUGGUUGUACAGUAUGCACGUGUGAGCAAUUGUGUGUGGGCACUGUUUCUAGUUACACCUGCGAAUGUAGAGACGGAUUUGCUUUAGCUGAUGAUGGAAGAACGUGUGAAGCGUGUCCAUGUGAACAAGUGUGUGAGAAAGACGGUGGAGGUGAAUGGUUAUGUUCAUGCCGCGAUGGAUAUGAAAUGGACGCAGGGGACAGUUGUCAAGACAUCGACGAAUGUAUCACAAAUAAUGGGGGUUGUGAACAAGAUUGCACCAACAAUGUCGGGUCGUUCGUAUGUUCCUGCCCGGAAAUCGGCAAGGUUCUUCAAGAUGAUGGUUUGUCAUGUUCAUACGACUACGACGAAGUUCUUCGUCUGUCGUUGUUGUUUUACGAAGCUCAGCGUUCCGGUGUACUACCGGCAGACAAUCGCAUUAAAUGGAGAGGCGACUCGGCUACUGACGACGCCACGCCCAACGGAGAAGACGUAUCUGGUGGCUACUACGAUGCUGGGGAUCAUUUAAAACUUGGUCUACCAAUGGCGUAUAGCGCAUCUGUACUAGCAUGGGGUUUCGUUGAGUUCGAGGAUGCGUACGAGGCCGCGGGUCAAGUAGAUAACAUGCUGGCCUGUCUGAAAUGGUUCUCAGAUUAUUUCAUAAAAUGUCACACUCAGGAACACGAGUUCUAUGCACAGAUUGGCUUGAAACACGACGACCAUAAUUACUGGGGGCGUCCAGAGGAAAUGACCAUGGAUAGGCCAGCAUUCAAAGUAAACGAAACUAACCCCGGGACUGAUGUUGUAUGUGCUACCGCCGCUGCCAUGGCUGCAAUUUCAAUAGUUUUCAAGGACAGAGACCCAUCCUACGCUGCUACACUUGUUACACAUGCAGAACAGUUAUACGAGUUUGGCGACAACUUCCGAGGAUAUUACUCAAACAGUAUAGCCGAUGCAGCCGAACUUUAUAAGUCAACCAGCUAUAUGGACGACCUAUGUUUUGCCGCGUGUUGGCUUUAUUACGCAACCAGUGAAUCCAAGUAUCUAACGCAAGCAAUUGACAUACUGAAUAACGAACCAGAAACCAAACCGUAUUCGUUUGGAUGGGGUGACGUCACUGCUGGAUACAGAUUGCUGGUACUGAAGUUGACUGGAGAUACAAGUACAUACAAAGGUUUGGUCAUUGAUAAGUUUCUCACUGCCUGGCAGCCGGGGAAUGACCUCCCGUACACUCCGAAGGGCAUGGUAUUCCGGCAUGAGUGGGGUCAGCUUAGAUAUUCAACUUCGACGUCCUUCAUCGCAUUAUCCCUUGCCGAGGAAGGGCCAAAGCGAAAUCUGUACAGGGAAUGGGCCAAAGAGCAAGUUGACAUCGCACUGGGGGAUACAGGAAGAAGCUUUGUGGUUGGCUUUGGAAUAAAUCCACCACAAUAUCCACAUCAUCGAUCAAGUUCGUGUCCGGAUCCCCCAGCAUCUUGUGAUUGGCCGGAAUAUGGUUCAACUGACCCCAAUCCACAGAUUCUGUAUGGAGCGCUUGUUGGUGGACCCGACGAAAACGACGACUACUCGGACACGCGUGACAACUAUUUCCAAAAUGAAGUGACUCUGGAUUAUAAUGCUGGAUUUCAGUCGGCCAUUGCAGGCCUACGUCAUUUGCAGUUGAUUGGCGAAUAUCCCUGACUUACCUAACUAUCAAAUCACUGCUACGGUAAACGUUAAAUGGACUACAUGCAACUACCUACGUCUACCCACUUUGCAGGCAGCAGCCCACGUGUUAAUAGGUUACGAACACAGCAUUUCAGAUGCUUAUAUUCUUGUAAUCAUCAUUUUUAGUACUUUCUUUUGUAAAUUGUUUUUCAUUUCAACGAAAACUACAUAAUUCAGUGUUAAGAAAACGAUUACUGUUUAACAUUUUAAUACACAUAUUUAACAGUCAUCUUGUAUUUCACAGAAAAAUAUGACGUCAUUUCAUUUCAU